AUGUCUUAUGCUGACUUGAAACAAUGGGACGUUAAGUACCAAGUGGGCGAGCAUGUGUUUCCUAAAGUAUCACAGCGGAAGAUAGUCUUAAGGUUUGGGCAUAAAGGAAAGCUAAGCCUAAGGUUUAUUGAUCCCGACGAAGUGGUGGAAAUUAUUGGUCAUAUAGCUUAUCGACUCAAGUUGUCUUGUAAACUUGAUCAAAUUUAUGAUGUGUUUCAUGUAUCCAAGCAAAGGAAGUAUUGCUCAGAUGAAGUUGAAGUGCGACCAUAUUUGACUUACAAGGAAGAUCCAGUAAAGAUUGUGGCUCGCGAAGUGAAAGUUUUACGAAACAAUAAGAUCCCUUUGCUCAAGGUGUUAUGGUGA